AUGCCGGCCUCAGGGCUGCUUGUGGUGGCUUUGCUGGCCUGCCUGACUAUAAUGGUCCUGAUGGCUGUUUGGAGGCAGAAGAAGCUCUGGGGGAAGCUGCCUCCUGGACCCACGCCGUUGCCCUUCAUCGGGAACUACCUGCAGCUGAACACAGAGGAGAUGUACAACUCCCUCAUGAAGAUCAGCAAACGCUAUGGGCCAGUAUUCACCAUCCACCUGGGGCCCCGGCGGGUCGUGGUGCUGUGUGGAUAUGAAGCUGUGAAGGAGGCUCUGGUGGACCAGGCUGAAGAAUUCAGUGGACGAGGAGAGCAGGCCACCUUCGACUGGCUCUUCAAAGGCUAUGGUGUGGCAUUCAGCCAGUGGGAGCACGCCAAGCACCUCAGGCGCUUCUCCAUUACCACACUGCGGGACUUUGGUGUGGGCAAGCGUGGCAUUGAGGAGCGCAUCCAGGAGGAGGCGGGCUUCCUCAAUGACGCCUUCCGGAGCACAGGAGGCACCUUCAUCGAUCCCACCUACUUCCUGAGCAGAGCAGUCUCCAAUGUCAUCAGCUCCAUUGUCUUUGGGGACCGCUUUGACUAUGAGGACAAAGAGUUCCUGUCACUGCUGCGUAUGAUGCUGGGAAGCUUCCAGUUCACAGCUACGUCUACAGGGCAGCUCUAUGAGAUGUUCUACUCAGUGAUGAAACACCUGCCAGGGCCACAGCAGCAGGCUUUUAAGGAGCUGAAGGGGCUGGAGGACUUCAUAGCCAAGAAGGUGGAGCAGAACCAACGCACCCUGGAUCCCAACUCCCCGCGGGACUUCAUCGACUCCUUCCUCAUCCACAUGCAGGAGGAGCAGAAGAACCCCAACACGGUGUUCUACUUGAAGAACCUGGUAUUGACCACGCUGAACCUCUUCUUUGCGGGCACAGAGACAGUCAGCACGACCCUGCGUUAUGGCUUUCUGCUGCUCAUGAAGCACCCAGAUAUGGAGGCCAAGGUCCAUGAGGAAGUUGACCGGGUGAUUGGCAAGAACCGUCAGCCCAAGUUUGAGGACCGAGCCAAGAUGCCCUACACAGAGGCAGUGAUCCAUGAGAUCCAAAGAUUUGGAGACAUGAUCCCUAUGGGCCUGGCCCGCAGAGUCACCAAGGACACCAAAUUUCGGGACUUUGUCCUCCCUAAGGGCACCGAAGUGUUUCCUAUGCUUGGCUCCGUGCUGACAGACCCCAAGUUCUUCUCCAAUCCCCAAGAUUUCAACCCCCAGCACUUCCUGGAUGACAAGGGGCAGUUUAAGAAGAGUGAUGCUUUUGUGCCCUUCUCCCUUGGAAAGCGGAACUGUUUUGGAGAAGGCCUGGCUAGAAUGGAGCUCUUCCUCUUCCUCACCGCCAUCAUGCAGAACUUCCGCUUCAAGUCCCCACAGGCGCCCCAGGACAUCGAUGUGUCCCCCAAACACGUGGGCUUUGCCACCAUCCCACGAAACUACACCAUGAGCUUCCAGCCCCGCUAA